AUGGAGUCUGUACAGAAGGCCGUACGCGAUGCCGCAGACGGCUUGCGAAACCUCGCUUUCGGCCCACAGGAAGUCACAGAAUCUGCUGCUCAGCAUGGCGAGGAGCCCGUCUCCGGCAUACAGGGUCGAGGAACGGCGACUGAUCCAUACGACGCUGGGAACCGAGAUGAACAACCAGGCGCCCCUCAGACUCAAGAUAAUACCGCCGUCAUCCCCGAGCCACUCGAAUCCAUUGCCCCCAUCGAAGUCAAGCCCACGGACGUCAGUUCCGCCCACAGCACCUCGGACCAGGGAGCCUGGGCCGGAGCCGGCGCAGGGACCACUACCGCUCUCCCUGUAGCUCCGCAGGAAUCCCCUGCACCUGCACAGGAGAAAUCGCAAUCUACAGCCCCCGACACCAACCUAGGAUCCGGACCCGGCAACCCAGCCGUGGAGGAACCCUCGCCCGCACAAGAGCAGACGAAUCCCACCGCGAGCUCGGCCGACACGACCACCAGCAGCACCAGCAACACAGCAAGCUCAAGCAGCAACAAGGCACCCAGUCGCUCUGAACCCGAGAAACCUGCCCCCGAACAACGAUCUCAGACUAUGCCCGACAGCGACAGCAGCUCGCAGAAGAAGGAGGACGACGGCGGCGUACCUGGCGGGGUUGAGCGCGCCCCGCCUACUACGACCCAGAAUGUGAGCGUCGAGGCGUUGAAGGGACCGCAGGGUCCUGCGCCUCGGGAUGCGUAUGAGUUUGAGAAGGAGAUGGACGGACAGCAGUCGAAGACGAAGACUGACCAAGGUACUGACGAAAAGAGCGAUUCGGGGAGUCACCAUCAUAAGAUGGGACAUGUGAAGGAGCGGCUGGGGAAGGUGUUCAAGCAUGGCAAUCAUUGA